UGUGCACGAGCAGCACUCAGUUGAUGGGAGGGUCACCGCUUGCAGACUGGAGACAGGAUCCAUGGCAACAAACAUGGCAGAGGCAGAGACCCGUCAGAGGCUGCUGCGCACCGUCAAAAAGGAGGUGAAGCAGAUCAUGGAGGAAGCCGUCACCAGGAAAUUUGUUCACGAAGACAGCAGCCAUAUUGUGUCCUUUUGUGCUGCCGUGGAGGCAUGUGUUUUGCACGGGCUGAAACGAAGAGCAGCAGGUUUUCUGCGCAGCAACAAAAUAGCAGCUCUCUUCAUGAAGGUGGGGAAGAGCUUCGCCCCGGCUGAGGAGCUGUGUAGAAAGGCCCAGGAGCUCGAGCAGAUCAUCGAGACAAAACGGAGUCAAAGCUUGCAAAGUCAAGACAGCCUUCGCAAAAUGCCCCGUCUGCCCAGCCUCACCCCCCAGGGAGUCAGAAACCUGUGGAUCAGGACGGCUCUGUUUGAGAAAGUGCUGGACAAGAUUGUCCUCUACCUGGUGGAGAAUAGCAGUAAAUUCUACGAGAAAGAGGCUGUGUUAAUGGACCCUGUGGAUGGACCCAUCCUCGCCUCUUUGUUAGUGGGGCCUUGUGCUUUGGAGUACACAAAGAUGAAGACAGCUGACCAUUUCUGGACAGACCCGUCUGCUGAUGAGUUGGUACAAAGACAUCGAAUCCAUGGAGGCCACUGCAGACAGGAUUCUCCAACUAAGAGACCUGCACUGUGUAUCCAGAAGCGGCACUCCAGCAGCAGCAUGGAUGAGCGCCCUUCCCCUUCACCAUCAGCUCGUGAAUACGUGGAGUCCCUGCAUCAAAACAACAGGGUGACCCUGCUGUUUGGCAAAAACAAUGUGCUUGUACAACCGAGGGAUGACAUGGAAGCUGUCCCAGGCUAUCUUUCUCUACACCAGAACGCUGACAUCAUGACCCUGAAGUGGACACCGAAUCAGCUAAUGAACGGCUCAGUUGGGGACUUGGACUAUGAGCGCAGUGUCUACUGGGACUAUGCUAUGACAAUUCCUCUUGAGGAGAUAGUUUACUUGCACUGUCAUCAGCAAGUGGACAGUGGAGGGACGGUGGUGCUGGUCAGUCAGGAUGGAAUCCAAAGACCUCCACUUCGCUUCCCCAGGGGAGGCCACCUGCUUCAGUUCCUCUCCUGCCUGGAGAAUGGCUUGCUUCCUCACGGCCAGCUUGAUCCUCCGCUCUGGUCUCAGAGGGGAAAGGGAAAGGUGUUUCCUAAACUAAAGAAGAGAGUCCCUCAGGGAUCUGUAUCCUCAGACUCGGUCUCAGAUAAGGAGGAGGACGAGGCCACAGACUACGUCUUCCGCAUCCUGUUUCCAAACAGCCAGUCAGAGUUUGUAACUGUCACCCAUCCGCAUUACACUCAUCUGACUUCCUCCCUUUUCCCUCAUAUGAGUGGACAGUCCCGCAUCCAAACAGGGAACGUGGUUGUACCCAAGAGGUCCUGCACCUGUCCUGACGAAUCCCCCUCACUCACAGGAAGCAGCUUGACUCCUCCAGACUUGAUGGAUCAGGGAGCUACGAUGUGGCACCCAACUCUCAGGAAGGCUUCGUGUUCCUCUUGUUCUCAGGGCAGCUUCUCAGAUGGAUCAACACCCAAGGGGUGCAACCAUGAGAGGACUCCUCUGAAGCUGCUCUGCGACAAUAUGAAGUAUCAGAUCAUCUCUCGGGCGUUCUAUGGCUGGCUGGCAUACUGUCGUCACCUGUCCACUGUGCGUACACACCUCUCCGCUCUGGUCAAUCACACCAUUGUGGCCCCCGACGUGCCUCGCGAUGCCUGCAAAGGGCUCACAACAGACGUGUGGCAGACGUUCCUCCAGGACUGCACAGCGUAUGAAGAGAAGGAGCUGCUUCGCCUGGUCUACUUUGGUGGUGUUGAAGCCUCGCUGCGUAAAGAGGUGUGGCCUUUUCUGCUGGGUCAUUAUCAGUUUGGGAUGUUGGAGGAGGAGAGGAAGGAGGUGGAUGAGCAAGUCCGCGUGUGCUACCAGCAGACCAUGCAGGAGUGGCUUAGCUGUGAGGAGAUCAUCAAGCAGCGAGAGAAGGAGCAGCAUGCUGCAGCAUUAGCAAAGUGCUCCUCUGGAGCAAGCAUGGAUAGCACCAGUCAAAAGAUGGUCCACCAUGACUCAACUGUCAGCAGUGAGUCACAGUCCUCCCAGAGUUCAGACCGGCAGAGUCUGGCUCGCCUCCAGAGUGACUCCAGCAGCAGCACACAGUUCUUCACAUCCUCCCAUCCCUUCCCCUGGAGUAGCCUGCUUCCCUUUGGCUUGUUCUUUCAGGUGUUUGAGUCCGUAGAGGAGGUGGACCAGAUUGAGAUGGAGCCCAAGAGCGAGGAGGCCAAACAGGUGCCAAAGAUGCCAAACGGGGCUCUGCAGAACGGGACCAGCUCUCCUGACUCUGGACAUCCCUCCUCCCGGAACUUCUCUGUCACCUCAGGGCUGUCAGACGGCUCCCUCAGCACAGAGGACAGCGCUGCACCUGAUCUGAGCCAGAGAUCUGCAACUGUCAAACCUGGAGGGGUAGAAAGUGAAAGUCUGACAGAGGAAAUGGACAGCAGGGGUAAAGGUAAAGGGAAGGACAAACAGGAGGAGAGGGAGGAGAAAGGAGCUGAUGCGACUGAAACAGCAGAAAAUACCAGCAGUGAGGUGACAGGUGAGAAUGUGAUCCAACCCUUUGAAGAAGGGCUUGUAGAGGCCAACAAAGAGACAAGACCACCUCUCAAAACACAACAAAUUAGUGAGGAGUGUGAGGUAAUUAAAACAGAAGAAGAAAAAGACUUCAAAGGAGUUAAAUCUUUAGAGUCAGAGGAAGCACAAAAAGGACAGUCCAAUGAGAACACUUUGAUGGUAUCAGCAGCUGCAGCAGAAAUAGUUGGAGAACUCAGUGAGCAGGAAAAAUAUGCAGAGGAAACAUCAAAGAAAAGCGCAGAAACCAUUGUGGAAAUAACAAAGGAAAUGGACCAAUCAAAUACAAGCAAAUCACAAGAGGUUUCUGUGGUGGAAUGCAAAGAAAGUACGUCUGUAGAAGCCUCUGAAGUUGAAAAGAGCCUCAUUUUCCCAGCAGACACCAGUGUAUCCAGGGCAAGGGAAGCUUACCUCAGCUCCCAGAUAGACGAGGCUCAGGUCAUGACUGAAUCUGAUGAGUCUCCCUCGGCCAUAGAGAUGGAGGAGAUCCCCACAGCCAAAGUUUCCAUGGUGCCUUGGAGCAGGAAGGGACAUUGUCCUCUUUCUGAGGACUCGGCCCCAAACACGGAUCGCCAGGAGCAGCAGGAGAAGCCCAGUCCAGAGGGCACGGAGUCCAUCCUGUCAGAGGAGCCAGAGAUGGAGAGUCUCUACCCUCAGUUUGACUCUCUGGCCGGGUCAGAAAUCACCAAGAAUGAAGCAACGCAUCAAGGAUCUGCUGAGUGCACCUUCUCUCAAGAGCUUUUGGACCUGUACACAUUAAAUCUGCACCGCAUUGAUAAGGAUGUUCAGCGCUGUGACAGAAACUACUGGUACUUUACUCCUGCAAACCUGGAGAAACUGCGCAACAUCAUGUGCAGCUACAUCUGGAGGCACCUUGACAUCGGUUACGUGCAAGGCAUGUGUGAUCUGCUCGCUCCUCUUCUAGUCAUUCUGGAUGAUGAGGCUCUAGCCUUCAGCUGCUUCACAGAGCUCAUGAAGCGAAUGAAUCAGAACUUUCCACAUGGAGGGGCCAUGGACACUCACUUUGCCAACAUGCGCUCCUUAAUCCAGAUCUUGGAUUCUGAGCUGUUUGAGCUAAUGCACCAGAAUGGAGACUACACCCACUUCUACUUCUGCUACCGCUGGUUCCUCCUCGACUUCAAGCGAGAGCUGGUCUAUGACGACGUAUUUGCAGUGUGGGAAACAAUCUGGGCGGCAAAGAACGUCUCCUCCAGUCACUUUGUCCUCUUCAUUGCUUUGGCACUGGUGGAGAUCUACAGGGACAUCAUCCUGGAGAACAACAUGGACUUCACUGACAUAAUUAAGUUCUUCAAUGAAAUGGCCGAACACCACAACAUCAAGCAGAUUCUGACCCAGGCCAGAGAUCUGGUGUGCAAGGUGCAGCUGCUGAUAGAGAACAAGUGAUUGGCUCCGUUCGUCCUCUUUUUCCUUCCAAAUGUCGAUGAACAGCUGUAGCAGCAUUUAAGUAACACAAAUAGAAGCACGCACACAAACACACACAGACAUGACACAAGGCCUUUACAAUCACUGUUUGCUGCUAUGAGCCUUAUAACUGUAUCCACAAUGAUGUUUGUGUUGUUAACAGCUGUGUGAGAAUAUUGUGCUUCAUAUUUCUCAGUAUGUUCACGUGAAAAACAAAUCUAUCUAAAAGAAUAUUAGUUUAAUUUUAGGUAUUUUUGUCUGGAAUCCCUCAAGUGUCCAUUGAAAUCUGAGUGCACUUACUAUUUUGAGAUGAGUCUGGUUUUUAGUGGCACAUUUUAAACCAAAAAAUUCACAGCAAACUCAAGCAGAGACUAUAUUUAUGAGAGAAAUAAAUGAUGGUUGUUUGUAAUACUUAUUUUGAUAGUCAGAGUUUAAAGGAUAAAACUGAAUUUUAUCAGCAGGGUUCAGCCCUUAUAAUGUCCCCCGAUAAAAGACUGAAUGUCAGAAGUUUUAUUUCCUUUAAUAACACCCCAAGAUCUGAUUAAUUUUACUGGCAUGUUGUCCAUUAUAUAACCUCUGGUAUUUAAACCCACAUUAAUAUAAGAAUAAGGAUUUAGCUUUUAUUAUCAUGUCAGUGAUUUAGCAUCAAACAGUGUUUUAAUGUCCUAGAACUGCCUUCUCAGCCAAAUAUUAUGUCUUAUUUGUUAUGUGUGACUUGUACUGUACUGAGAGAAAAAUGUGUUAAACUUAUGCAGAUUAUAUUAUGUUUGAACGUGUGAAAUCAUAUCCUUAUAUUUAUGUGACUUAUGGAUGUGUGAGUAGACAUUCAUAUUAAAAAAACAAGCCUGAGUUUUUUCUUUAUGUUGUGACUCACUGUAUAUUUUGUAAAAUUGUGUAGUUUACUCUCCUUGGUUCUCGUCUUGUAACGUCUGGAAGCUGGUUGUUGCAUUAAAUGUUAUUUUCAGCUCGAGCAUGAUUAUGAAAAGAGAGAACAGAUGAUGAAGGCUUCCACAUCGCACUCAGAUACUUGAAGCUUGAGAGGGAUGAAACAGGGAGAUGAAAAUGAAAGGCAAAGGCUGUUUAGAAUGAAUUGUGCAUGACUUUAUGUUGUAAGGCAGAUUUUUGACUCAUGAGGACAUACAGUUCAUAUAUUUUUAGCCCCUUAAAUUAGCACUCAAGUUGAUCUUAGUCUCAAACUUUCAUCUGCCUACAACUUGAGUAUGUUCGUCUUCAGGUGUUGCUUCUUGAUUGUGGUUAGAUUGGCCCUAAAUAUCGGUGUUUCUUUGUAACUGCUGUCUGAAAAAACAAACAUUUUAUUUAUUGUAACAUUUAUUUGCCAAAUUAUUUAUUUAUUUAUACAUGUAUUCACUUUUUUCAUUCAGAUGCUGCUUUAUUUGUUAAGCUAAUAUUUUUUUAUUUUGUGGCCAGUUGAUCAUGUGUAUUGUAAAACAAUCAAAUUCUACACUUGGAGUUCAUACAUCUAUAUACAGUAUAUAUUAAAUGGUAUAUGUUUUCUUAAUAAAAAAUAAAAUGGAAUCAUCAUUAUUUUCCCAG